CCGACCCAACCAGACCCGCCCCACGUGAACGAGACGAGAAGGCGUGUCGCCGGCGGAAGGCGACCCGACCCAACACAACCCAGCCAUGUCGGCGCGUGACCGCGAGACGGCCGAGGCGCUGGUGCGCCUCGCCGCCUCGCUGGACGGGGCGGUGCUCGGCCUCGGCACGGCGGCCGUCGCAGUCGCGUCGUGGGUCAAGUACCUCGCCGUCUCGGGGCAGGUGCGCCUCGUCGCCUCCGCGGCGGCGUCCUCCAUCGCCGACCUCCGCUCCCUCCUCCCUGGCAGCGGCGGCGAGCCGCGGCUCGCGGCGGUGCGGGGCUACGUGCGCCCCAAACCGGGGGGCAUGAUCCUCCGCCCCCCGUUCUCCGGGGAGCACGGCGUCAUCACCAAGCACACCCAGAUGUGCUUGUUCACGGAAUGGAGAGGAAUCUUUGGAUGGACCUUUGAUCUGCAUGCUCUUCUUUUCAGAUCAUGGAAGGAGCAGAUUGUAACAUCUUUUAGAACGGUUCCGUUUGUUCUUGCUAGUUCUGAGAUUGGAAACCCUAUUGGGAUAGUUCAUAUCAAUGUAGAGAAGGCGGAUCAACCAUUACCUCUUACAACUGUGUUUCAUAAACUUAUCCCAAUUGAGACGACUCCUUACACAUUGUUUCAAACUAUAAUUGGCAAUGGCUAUCCCAUUGCAUUAUUGGAUGAAGAAAAAAUACUACCUAUCGGAAAGGAGCUUACAGCAAUAGGACUAUGUCGAGCAAAGGAUGAAGGAAGUGUUGAGAUCAGCUCGUGCCCAGAUCUCCCCUUUUUCUUAUCUGAGCUGACCAAGGAUGAGAUGCAAGCUGAGCUGGCUUCGCGUGCUAGGAUACUCUUUUGGGGUAGUAUUGUUUUGGGAACCUUGUCUGUUUGCCUAGUGGGCCGUGCCAUUUACAGGGGCUGGAAGAGAAUCAAACUGCGGAGAGAGGCUAGGCAAGCACAACAGUUAUUUGAGGAGGCUGAAGACGCUAUUCAAGAAGGUGACUCCAGUGACGAAGAAGUAGGGGACGGGCAGCUAUGUGUUGUGUGCUUAAGGAGGAGAAGGAAAGCAGCUUUUAUUCCUUGUGGGCAUCUCGUCUGCUGUUGCAAUUGUGCAUUAAGAAUGGAACGUGAGGCUGAACCAUUGUGCCCGAUGUGUCGGCAGGACAUUAGAUACAUGAUGAGGAUUUAUGACUCUUGAGAAAAUGCUAACACCUCUUCAAUCUAGGAACAGUUUGUAUUAAGUAAGUAAAUACCUUGCAACUGUCUUGAAUAGUGUGGUUGUUGCUGUGAUUGUUCAAAUUUUGGUAAUGGCUGCACAUGCAGUGCUUGUACUGUGGAUAACCCUGAGUCAUUGUGUUUUGGGAAAAGUCCAUUGUACUCCCCUCAACAAUUCACUCUGUCCACUUAACCCCCUGAACAAAAUUUAGGCUCAAUUUACUUCCCCAAACUAUUCGAAUUGGUCCAAUUUACCCCCUACUGAGAUUUCUCUCUUUUAUUUCUCCGCAUACAAGUGGAAUUUGAACUUCAAAUUUUGCAAUGUAAUUUAUAAUAUGAUGCUCUAUGCUAGAAAAAUACAUUAUGAUUUUUUCAUGAAUAUUUUUUAUGCAGAAUUGUAUUUUUGUGAUAAAUUUCGUGUUAAAUGUUUCCAACUUAUGAAAAUACAACAACAACAACAACAACAACAACUUAGCCUUUUGUCCCAAGCAAGUUGGGGUAGGCUAGAGAUGAAACCCACAGAAAGCAAGAAUAAGAAACACAAAAAGGGCACAAGCUAAAGGAAGAGUUAGGGGUUAAACAAAAAGUAACAAAGGUCACGGUUCAGGUACGUUAAUUGCUAAUCUCCAAGCGCUCCUAUCCAUAGCUAAUUCCUUAGUGGUUAUGAAAAUAACCAUGAAAAUUUCUUAAUGUAUUUUUUUAACAUAGGGCAUCAUGUUCUCUACCCACUCAUAAAAUUUGAACUUAAAAUUCAAUUUGUAUGCGGAGGAAAAAAAAAGAAAAUUAGCAUUAGGGGGUAGAUUGUACUAACUGGAAUUGUUGGGGGAGUAAAUUAAGCCUAAAUUUUCCUUAGGGGGUUAAGCAGACAAAGUGAACUGUUGAAGGGAGUAAAAUGGACUUUUUCCUUGUGUUUUUAAUCUCUUCAUGGAUGGAAUACAUAUUCCUAUCCAGUUUGGCUGAUUUACAUUCCUAUCCAGUUUGGCUGAUUUACA